AUGGAAAGGAUAUUUAACAAACUGAAUUGUACUGACGAUGAUAAGAUAACUUUGGCUGAGUAUCAACUCGAAGGGAAUGCCAAAAAUUGGUGGAGAGCAUCGAAGGAUGCCGUAUUCCCUGAAGGUACGGCAAAGACUUGGGAUGGAUUUGUUAAGGCAUUUAAUGGGAAGUAUAAUUCUGAUUGUGCACGAGAUAGGAAGAUGACUGAAUUUAUGCAAUUGAAUCAGAAUAACUUGUCGGUAGAUCAAUAUGAGGCAAAGUUCUCGGAACUUUCGAGAUUUGCCCCUAGGUUGGUUGAGAAUAAGGAGGACAAGGCCAAAAGAUUUCUAAAUGGUCUGAGAACCGACAUUAGGAGGCAAUUGGUUCCACUCAACCUUAAGGAUUAUAGUGAGAUAUAUGAACAAGCCCAGCUUAUAGAACAUGAACUGAUGAAAGAUGGAAGUGGAACUAUGGCUCGAUCGCAGUAUUAG